AUGAUGUACAUAUUCUUUCGUUUAGAACAACAUUCACAACUAGAUAUAACUGAUACAAUUGAUAAUACUGAUGAUGCAUCAUCUUAUGAAGAAAGACAAUUUCAGCAACGAUCAAUACUUGAUACAUCUCAUUCAUCGGUAACAAAACAACAACUAAUGGAUAUACUACGAAAACUUUAUAAUCAAGGUUGGAAGCCUCCUAAUAAAAAUUAUAUUCCUGGAACAAGAUUUGGUCGACAUGGCGGAUGA